UUCUUAGCAGAUAUACACAUAAAUUAUAAGCUUAAUAGCUAUUUUACUAUCAUAUAAGUUUUCUAUUUUAUUGCAAGUCAACUGUAAAUCCAAAUAAACAUGGGGUCAUAAAAAGCGACGUAUUCUUGUUGAUGCAAUAAAUUCACUGUCAUAAAGUGAAUUAUUACAAUUUGGAUAUUGCUGUCCAUUCAUCUCAAUUUGUUAGUUUCUAAUGGUUAAAGCGAACAAAAUACUUUUGUUUCUGUUUUUAGAAUGAAUGGCUAAUUAAAUAAACAACACUUACACACGCUACUGAUUAUUAUGAUUUACUGUAUAAAUUGUGACAUCGUACAUUACUUCGCCUCAAGCAUAUGGAAAGCAUCACAGAUUCCGUAACCAUAACAACAGCAUGUAUUCGACAAAAAUAUUUACGUAUAGAAUAACAAUAUUUAUAUUUUAUUUGGUGACCUUCAUCGAGCAAAGUCUAUUAUUAGUAAUCCAAAUAUUGAAGAGUGAUUCUUUAUCUCUCUUCAUUGAGUAAACAUAUUGACUCUAGCCGGGUCAAAUUAUAGUAGUUAUACUUUUUAUAUCUACUUAUGACGUAAAAAGUAUAUAAUUCUCAUGUUAUUGUUGGAAACUCUUAGUGUUUCCCGAACCGCAUUCGGCGACGUCAACUUGUUUUGAACAAUCGCGUUCCUCACUGUUGGUCAUAUCAAAUCGAAUAAAUAAUUGGCUAGUAUGGAAGAAGAGUUUGCGACUAUUGUGUACGUGGAAUUAGCCCCGGGUAUUUUAGUGCCCUACGAAUGGCCUAUUCGGGGCCUGGAGAAUCUCGUGUUGACAUUAGCGAAAGAAAUCAUCGCAAAGGAUGACUCUGUAAGAUUUACUCUACAAGUGAAAAACAUACCAGCGAAAUUAAUCCGACACAUUGACAGGAGUGGUUUUACUUACAUUUUUGAAAAAGUGCCCGCAGAAGAAACGAUUGACUCUUAUGUUUAUGACAUAGUGUUGCCUAAGGAAGAAGACAGUAUUCAAGUGGAAAUGUUCGGCGGAAGUAGCUCCGAUAAAGGAUCAUGGCCAAAUUACGCUACGAGCGUCGAUCCGAGAUCUAAUAAGACAUCCUAUUACUUAACGCCUCCACAACUUCAUGGGGAAACGUUACGCAGUAUGGAUACUAACACGCACGCAUUGCGUCGACGUUUGACACGAAACAUUCAGCAGAUGACUCAACGAAACAAUGAAUACGAUUGCUGUUGUGACCAGUUUGAAUAGUGGCCCUGAUACUUCACAACUACGUGAAACAAUUAUGUAAGUUAACCAGGAUGGAGAAUCUGUUACGGGGAUUUCAGUAUUUCUUCGGAAUGGUCACCUUUGAACAUCUUUACUUCUAUAUUACUAACCUCAGAGGUUGUACCCACGGUACUAUGAAAUUAUUCUAAUAUUUGUCCCCGUCAAAUGAAAUUGGACAUUUCAAAUCAUAUUUCUUUAUCAGGGCUAUUAAACCGAAAUACUGCAUGAUUACGUGGGUAAUCGAAUUGUUUUUAGCACUAUAUUAAUGCUUUUAUUAAUUGUUCUAGAUUGAAAAUAUAAAUCGUCUGAAUUUAAUUGGUAACGAAACUGAUGAAAAAACCAAACUUUUGAAGAACCUUGCAGCCCCUAAAAUUGAAGGAAAUAAGAAGGAUACUAAGGAUACAAAAAAAAACAAGUUGAAAAACCGAAUCAAUCGGUGUGGAAGAAGAUGUUUCAACCAGAAUCUUCGAAAUACUCAUUUCCCCAACCAAACGAUGGUCGACGUCGUUUCUCGCCCGAAUUCAGGGAAUUCGAUUCGUAUGAUAGAGCUUGUAGCUGGGGAUUAGGAGAUAAUAUCUAAACUCGAAUUGUUUUAUCAAAUAAUGUGCAUUUCACUUUGGUAGUCACCAAAAGUUAUUCAAAUUACUUUAACGAAAUAAUUCAUUAAAUUUCACACUGGGAUUAGGAACAAGAUUCGGAUCUUUCGAUUAAUUAAAAGUACUCCUUAAAAUCAUGUCUUUUUUAUUUAUUGAUGAUAAUUGAAAAGGCGACGCGUGUCAGAGAACCUACUUGACACCUAUAUUAUUGUUCAGUGCAACCUACUUAACAGAAUUGAGUUGUUGACAAUUUCAAGCGCCACCAGAUUUACAAUCAGAGGUCAAGUUCAGGUUAUUUCCAACAAUUACACUCCCAAUGAAUGUCGUUCACCUCAGAUGUUUCGGAAGUAUAUUCAGUUGUCAAUUAUGAUUAGCAGUAAAUUUACUAUCAAACAUGUGUUGUGUAUUCAGUACAUUGAAUUACAGCGAGCAAUGUAAAGAAAACAAUAUAUUUGAAGUAACCAAAAGCAUUUGGUGAAUCCGACUUUAAACUUUUACUAAAUCUGUCAUAUUUUACUCAUUUUUAUGGUCCAUAUGACUUUGCGCACCGGUUUGUUUGCUAUAAUGACUUUAGAAAAUUCUCAAUAAUUAACAAGCUGGUUCUUUAGGGGUUAGAGUAAUAAUAAAAAAUAAGACUUCCAAAACAAUAAUCGAUUUAUUAAUAGUUAAUCGUACACCACUAAAUUGUGGAAAAAGUACCAAUAGAAAAUUAUAUAAAACAACUUUUAAGAUAGAUCUUGUCACCAAUAACUUUAAUAAUUGUACAUCGUUUUAGCCGAGAAGCAUAAAUCCUAAUAAAAGAUCUAGAAAAAAACACAUUAACGGCAGCUUAUUUAACACAAUGUUUACGUAGACACUCACAAUACUCUGAACAAGACGAAGCAUAUUCGCUGAGAUGUGAUUCGCAUUGUAGAUAUCUAUACCUGCGCAUCCAAAAACGACCGU